AUGGCUUGCAUGGGCUGGGUACAGCGAUCGGAGGCGUCCAAAAAGCAGAUUCUCGACCAGUUGAAGGAUAUCGCUUGCCAGUUGCGCGCCAUACCACCGCCACCUGGAGGCGCGGAGGUUUCCAAUGUCGAUGGAGGCUCUAUAUGGGACUGCCGGCUGCCGUCAAAGGAAUUUUGGGGCCCCUUUGCUACAGCGAAGGACUUUCACAGAGAAUUCGUUCAACCCGUACCCCUGGAAGCCGAACGUAGAGGCGAGCUUGCAGAUUCGUAUGAGUUGUUGGACUUCUACCGCCGUUGGGAUGACAGCUUGGUGUUUACUAACGGAUACAUCAGCAGCCUGAACGUGUCGGUCCGGGGUGAUGACGUGGUGGGCGUCAUCGGCUGGGAGACUGCGGGAUGGCUGCCCUCAUAUUGGGAAUACUGUUCUGCGUGGCAUGUGAACCCUCAAAAUCAGUUUUGGCAGCAGGAGAUCGAUAAGUUUGUGGAACCUAUGUCACAUGAACUUAGGAUGGAUCAGAUUCGUCGCAAAUAUUUUGGCGACUUUUGA